CAUUUUUGACACCAUAAACAAAGUCUUUAGUCUGUACAAUGUGUACCUAUAAUAAUUCCUAACUUAUUGUUUUCAGUCGUAACUAUUCGUGAAAUUUGUAUAUUUUUUAAACUCAUAUUGAUUUUUUGGGACUUUCUAACUGAAAAUAAUUAUCGAGGAUGGACAACACCCCGAAAAUCCAUACGAUUAAACCGUACACGAAGUACACACUUGAUUCAUGCCUGGAAUUCAUCAAAUCCGGUCAGAUGACCUGCUACGCGGCCAGCAAGCGGUUUGGUAUUCCAAUUGGUACACUUAAAUACCGACUAAGUGGUCGGUGGAAAAAAUGCACCACAUCGGGACCUGGCACUGUUCUCUCCCCGGCGGAAGAGCAAGAUAUAGCUGACUGGCUGAUGGAUAUGCAAAGCCGAGGAUUCUUGAUGACACGAGCCGAAUGUGUAUCAAAGGUCAGCCACUAUCUGGUGUCGGCGGGGCGCGAAACGGCAUUCAAGAACGCACAACCAGGACGAAAGUGGUGCGACCUAUUCUUACAACGCAAUCCUGACUUUACACCGUCAAAGGCAGGGCUCUUGCCCAGUGCCGAAAGCAUCCGUGAUUGGUUCAGAUCAGUAGAAGAUUGGUUCACCCGGAUGGAUCUACACAAAGUGCGAGCAGAUCCAACCAGAGUUUUCAUACUAGAUGAAAUUACAUUCAUAUUACCUCUCGACUCCAAGCGGCCGACUACAACUACCGAGAAUUCUUUAGCAGACAUUGCGGUAAUGUUUACCUUCGGAGCUUCCGGGAUAACAGUCCCUCCGAAUAUUAUCAUUUCUACUGAACGUGCCGCUCCUGACUUUGGUAUGCGUAACCUCCCUGCAGGCUGGCGCAUAGAGCGAAGCAGUAAACGUUGGAUGGAAACGCAAACUUUUCGAAAUUAUAUAUUGAAUAUUUUUCAUCCAUUCCUCGUCAAACAAGGCGUUGUUUUUCCUGUUGUAUACUUUGUCGAUGGACACGCUUUGUCUCAUGUGGCAGAAGUAGAGAACUUGUGUCGUUCAUUAGGAAUAAUACUCGUAUCGUCAUACCGCUUAACAAGCACCAAAAAUGUAACACGACCUGCCAGCUUAGGCAUGGCAAAUGAACUGAGAAUGGAGUGGGAAAACUCACUGAAGACAUGGCGUCUGAAAAAUCGACAUCAAACGCAUACAUUGCAGUAUUUCGGAGCUAUUCUGAAUUCUACUGUGAAGCAAGUUAUUACGACGGGUGCAAUUCAUAAUGGCUUCAGGGCUUGCGGUCUGUUCCCCUUCGAUGUGGAAGCCGUAGACUACAGUGAUUAUCCUAUUCCUACACCGGAAGUCAUAACGCAGCUCGAUGAAUCGUCAGAAGAACCAUUCGACGUGCUAACACUAUGUGAAACGUUUAAGGAACCGGAACCGGAACCAGAACCGAUUAAGGAACAGGAACCGCAACCUCCGCAUGAUCAUGCUGUCAUUAGUAUCGAUAAAAUCUACGAGGCGUACGACUUGAUCGAUAGUAAUUUGAGAGUACGAAUUCAAGGAGACAUACGUAGUCUCACACGAGAGGAGCGAAUCAUACGAUUUUUCUAUCGCGAGUUCGUUCAACCUCAUGUCCAUCUCAACGAGAACCCACCUGAUCAGGAUGCUAUGAGUCAAACGGCGCCUAUCAUUGACGAUGUAAAAAUUGAAGAGGUGGAUAUCGUGAAAACUGAAACACCUGACUCCAUUUGCGGGGAACAAGAAUACGAUUUGCAACCUGCAUCCUCUAAUAUGAAAGAACUUGUUGAACGUCCUGCUAACGACAACGCGGUCAAAUUUUUUGGCAGCAUUGAACAGCAAAAGAAUCACGAGAGGCAACGAAACUUGGUCGAACCAAUUGAGAAACUUAAAACCCCCAGCGUACAACCAAGUCCCACAAUCCAAACUUGGUCAUGUCCACAAUGUGAUAAAUUUUACGAAAACAAGGUCGAUCUCCAUCAGCACAUCGUGAACGAUCAUGGGGAAACAAGUCACAGCUGUGAUAUCUGCGGUGCAGUUCUCAAGUCUAAAGUAACACUGUACCAACACAAACGGCUCCACAUUGUGUUGAAAAAGUGCACAUACUGUCGGAAACGGUUCGCCACCGAUAAAAAGUUUGAAAUGCAUCUUCAGUUGCACCGUUCGGAAGGGGCGGGGGCUGAUUCCGGACAAUGGAGUGAACCUGAAAGCGGUAGGACAAGUCAGGACGAAAAUGACGCAGCAGACGAGUUCAUAUUCGGCGAUAGCCCACUGGAUGCAGAUGAAACCAAUGAUACGAUGAAAUUUGAAGUUGAAUUGCUCCAAGUUAAAAAUAACCUCAACGCAAAUGUGUAAUUAAAUGUCACUAAAAAGAAUAGGUAAAAAUAAUAUUUACGUCCAAAUAGGUUGUACCUCAGAACUGAAA